AUGCCUAAGCUGCCCUCGUUAGUUCCGGCGGCUCUCGCCCAGCCCUUAUCCCGCGGUACAGAGCUGGUGAGAGGCGCCGUCGGCAGUUUAACCUGGGGACCAGCUUUGUCUGUAGCCAAGCCUGCGAUCCUCUCCGUCUUUUCCAAGAUCGAGCGAGGCACGCUUCUUCUCGUUGACGAGCCUGCCGGUCUGAGGCAGGUUUUUGGCCAGAAGCUUGGCGCAAAAUACAAUGAAAACCUCACGAACGGUGACCACGUUCCUCGCCGUGCGGAUGCCAUCCCCCGGGUCGAGGUUGUCAUAAAGAGCGAGGCCUUCUGGAUGCGCCUAUUCUUGUUCGCCGACAUGGGUUUCGCUGAGUCGUACAUGCUCGGAGAGAUUGAGUGCGAAGACUUAACCGCCUUCUUCCAACUCUUUAUUGUUAACCGCGAAGAAAUGGGCAAUGGGACAACCUGGUUCUCGAGCUUAUCCAUCGCCAUCUCUAGCCUGGCGCGAACCACCAACACCCUCUCCAAUGCGCUCCUCAACAUCUCGGCGCACUACGACAUCAGCAACGAAAUGUUCGCCGCAUUCUUGUCGCCGGACAUGACCUAUUCUUGCCCCAUAUGGAAGAAGAAUCCCGAUCUGAGCAAGCCCGAAGAAACGUUGGAGCAGGCGCAAAUGACGAAGCUACAUCGGUUCAUUGACGGCGCCCGCAUAAAGCCGUCGGACCAUGUGUUGGAGAUCGGUACUGGAUGGGGCUCCUUUGCUAUUGAGGCAGUGAGGAAGACCGGCUGCCGAGUGACGAGCCUGACACUCUCCAAGGAACAAAAGGCGCUUGCGGAAGAGCGCAUAAACGCGGCGGGCUUCUCCGAUCGCAUCGACGUCCGGUUGACAGACUAUCGAGCUUUGGAAACCCCAGAAAGACCCUUUGAUAAGAUUGUGUCAAUCGAAAUGCUGGAAGCUGUCGGUCAAGAAUUCCUCGGGACAUAUUUUGCGUGUAUCGACAGGUUGUUGAAAAAGAAUGGAGGCAUUGCCGUCUUCCAAUGCAUUACCAUGCCCGAAGGCCGUCACGAGGCGUACUCAAAAGGAGAGGAUUUCAUCAACCACUACAUCUUCCCUGGAGGAUACCUUCCAUCCACUACACAGCUCUUGAACCACAUCAGCAAAGAGUCGAGAGGAACUCUCAUCGUUGAAAACGUCGAGAACAUUGGAGGCCACUACUCCAAGACUUUGCGAUUGUGGAAGGAGGAGUUCCUGCGAAACUUCGACUCUAAGAUUCGACCGGCAUUGAAACGUGAACAUGAAAACAUGAGUGAAGAAGAAAUAGAUGUAUUUAGAAGGAAGUGGGAGUACUACUUCACAUACUGCGAAGCCGGGUUCCUGACGAAGACACUAGGCGACGUUAUAAUAACAGUGGGUCGGGAAGGCGCCCUGGAGUUGAUGGAGGGCAUUCCGCUAUGA